UAUGGUGACAGACUGCAAACUGAACCCAGGUCUGUGAACGGAAACGGAAACGGGAGCAGCACGUAACGACGACUGGUUGGCGCGUUAUUCCAAGCUGUUGGCGCCACCGACACAAUUCACCAAAGUCCUGUCAGAGUGGUAGAAGCACACAGAGCUGACUAUCUAUCUAACAUUAGAGUCAAGUUCUUAUUUUGUGUAGCUAAAUCACCUCCUCGCAGACAUGUCGAAGCUCUCAGAGGGUGCUAUUGAGGCUCUAGGUAGUGGCAUCGGUUUCAACGACGCAGUGCUUCAGUGUGUGAACAUUCGCAAGCUCGAUGGAGGAAGCGGUCCUGCUCGCUUUCGGGUGAUGAUGAGCGAUGGACAGCACACUCUGUCCUCCUUCAUGCUCUCAACGCAGCUGAACUACAUGGCCGAGGACAACAUGCUGGUCCCGAACUGCGUCUGCAUUCUGAAGAAGCAUGUGACAAAUAUACUGAAGGAUAAACGGCGGGUGGUGAUCAUUUUGGAAAUUGAAGUCAUCAACCAAGCUGAAGAUGUUGCUGGAAGAAUAGGCAAUCCUACUCCUUACAAUGAGGGUCUGAUAAAAGACCCGCAGUCGGCGCCAAUCCCUGAAAACCGCGCACCGCUACUGCAGCAAAAUAAAAAUGAAGUGAACAGAGGUUUCAAUAAAGACUUUGGGAAAAAGGCCCCGUCUGCUGUGCCCAGUACUCCGGGGGGCGGCUCCAAAGUUGUGCCCAUCGCCAGCCUCAACCCCUACCAGUCCAAGUGGACCAUCCGCGCCCGUAUAACCAACAAGAGCAGCAUCCGUACAUGGAGCAACACCCGCGGCGAUGGCAAACUCUUCUCUAUGGAGAUGGUGGAUGAGAGUGGAGAGAUCCGAGUGACUGGUUUCAACCAAGAGGUGGACAAGUUCUUCAGCCUUGUCGAGGUUGGCAAGGUCUACUACGUCUCCAAGUGCUCCCUGAAGAUCGCCAACAAGCAGUACACAUCGGUGAAGAAUGACUACGAGAUGACUCUCAAUGGAGAGUCCAGCAUCAUCCCCUGCGAAGACUGCGCUGAUGUUCCAGUCUUGCAGUGUGACUUUAUCUCCAUCGGUGACCUGGUGAACAGAGACAAAGAUGCCAUCGUUGAUGUGAUUGGAGUGUGUAAAACUGUGAACGAAGUGACCCGCCUCACCCUUAAGAGCAGCAAAGAAGUGUCCAAGAGGACCGUUGAUCUGAUGGACCAGUCUGGGAAGCUGGUGUCCGUCACACUGUGGGGAGAGGAAGCAGAAAAGUUUGAACCCACUGGACAGCCCAUUCUAGCCAUCAAGGGGGCGAAGGUUUCAGACUUUGGAGGCCGGUCCCUCAAUGCAUCGUUCGCCAGCACCCUGCUGAUCAACCCAGACAUCCCUGAGGCCCAUAAGCUCAGAGGCUGGUUUGACAAGGAGGGUCAUGCCAUGGAUGGACAGUCUCUGACAGAGUCGAAAGGCAGCGGGGGAGGACUCACCAACUGGAAGACUCUGUCUGACGUUAAGACGGAGCACUUGGGACACGGAGACAAGGCAGACUACUACACCUGCAUAGCUACCAUAGUCUACCUGCGCAAGGAGAACUGUCUUUACCAGGCCUGUCCCAGCCAAGACUGUAACAAGAAAGUGGUCGACCAAAACAACGGAAUGUACCGCUGCGAGAAGUGUGACAAAGAGUUCCCCAACUUCAAGUACCGCCUUAUCCUUUCGGCCAACAUUGCAGAUUACGCUGACAACCAGUGGGUGACUUGCUUCCAGGAGAGUGCAGAGGCCAUCCUGGGCCAGAACGCAGCUUACCUGGGACAGCUCAAGGACUCGAACGAAGCCGCCUUUGACGAGGUCUUCCAACAAGCCAACUUCAACACGUUUGUCUUCCGCAGCAGAGUGAAGCUAGAAACAUACAACGAUGAAUCCAGGAUCAAGGCUACAGUGAUGGAAGUGAAGCCCGUUAACCACAGGGACUACAUCCAGAGGUUGAUCAUGAACAUAAGGAAACUGGCUGUUCAGUAGGAACUUCUGAUCUCUGCAAAGUAUUCUUUUGCUCAUUUUGCAAGUUCUCUUUUUCUGUGUAGUCAAAAAACGCUCUAAAUGUACGACAACGUUUUGCUUACGAAGCGCUUUUUGUUUAUUUUACUUCCUGUGAAUGAGUUACCUUUAAAGUACUUAUGACUAUUCACCUGUCCUUUGUGAAAUAAUGACAGGCAACCUGAUUCUGUUUUGUUUGUGAAAAUAACGGACACGACUUUUUUUUUUUUUUUUUUUGUUAUUUGGGGAAGCAGAACAGAGAGUGGGUCAGUAAGCCACAAAAGAAAAUCAUCAGCGUGUCUGUCUUUAAGUCAGCCAGUUGUUCCUGGACUGUGGUCAUGUGUGGGUGGUGGCUGCUUUAAGCCCAGGACGAGUACAGCAGCUAACACGCUUUUCACUUUUCUGACGUGUACUCAAAACAGCUAGGCUGGACCUGCACAUCCCUGAUAAGACCGUUUACUCUCCCACUCUCUUUUUUUUUUUGUGCUCCGUUUCUCACAUACUUGCAAACAUAAGCACAUAUACACAUGCACAGUGCAGACCUAAUGGGGAAAUGUACUGCAGUCUAUUUAAGUAGAUACAAUAUUAUUGUAUCUUAUUAUUUUUUCAAUGCCCUGAACUGUUUUGUGUUCUGUAUUUUCGUUUUCUUUGUGAUAAAUUGUGAUAAUAAAGAUGUUUGUAAUCAA